AUGAAUAUAUUUUCUAUAAAAAAAAAACUUUAUUCAAAAAUAUUAACAAGAACAUUUCUUCGAGAAUUAAAAGUACUUGUUCAUCAAUUACUUGGUGAUGAUUUAACUAAUGAUUUAAUAACAUUAGUUACUUAUUUGGCAAUAACUCAAUGUAAACAAGUACGUGUUUGUGAUGAAGAUGAUGAUCUUUCUUUAUAUCUUCUUGAAGCAUUAGUAAAAGAAAAUCAAAGCCAACGUUUAUCAUCAUUGAAAUUGCAUUUAUCAUUAGCUUUUGAUUUAAAUCAACGAAAAUUUGCUAGUCAAAUGUUACGUACAAAUCAAGAUAUGUUAGAAGAAGUAAAAUAUUGA